UUGCUGGCCAGUACUCAGAUGGAAAGCCAAGCCUUUGAGGUGGAAGCAGAAAUUCAGAUAACGGAUUUGAAAGAUGUUUACGACAAAAAGACCAAGAAAACCAACAAGGGGCAUUUAGAAUAUUCCUUGGAGGACUCAAAAGUGUCCUUAACGAUUCGAGCAUCUGAUGAAAUUACAGGUCUUAGGGCGUACACUCAAAGGUGUGCUGAAGCUGCGAUCAAGACUCGCGAUGUUACAGGUCCAGUGGAGCUAGAAGUAAAUAUUACACAAGGCGAUGCAAAGUACCACCUUGCAACCGUUGAUCUUGGGUCGGUGUACAGAACGCAAGAAGGUGAUACAGUAUAUAGGCUAGAGAAGGCAGACGUCGUUCACCGAAACAAAUGGGAACUGUUGAUAGCCCUGGAAUUUAAGUCAGGCUUGAGGGGAAUGGUGAAAUCAAGGCCAUUCAGAGUUACAACUAAGGCAAGCUUCAAAAUGAAGAGGGAUGGAGUUGGUCAUUGUUUGCCUAAAAGUGGUACCAUGCAACGGAUUAUUCGAAAGUUUAAGUGGUCUGACAUCAACGAUGUAACUGAGUUGUCUUCAAGAAGCAGGCAUUCCAGGCAUCGUGGAAUGAGACAGGAAUGUCUAGAUCGCGAAGCUUUGAAUCGGGAUUUUGUGCAAUUUACUCUAGAGGACGAAGAUGGUUUUGCGACACAGCACACGUUUGCUGAGAGAUUUAUGACUCAGGAUUCCAACCAUAUAUCAAGACAUACUACUACUGCGAAGGUCUUGCUCCGAAACAACACAGCCUUAGAUACGCGUGCGGUCACCGCGUAUUAUAGCCAUAAUCCAAAAAUUGACUACGUUGUAGAGGAAGUUGACACUCUUGGUAUGUUGAAAUUAGUGAGAAAGAAACCUACACUUAUCCACCCGCACGGCAAAGGAAGAAGACGCAAAAGUAUUGAAGGUGAAUUCUGGUGGGCUUGCGGAUAUUGCUUCUUUGAACGUCGCAAGAAGUCGACUAUAAAAGCUCACAUCAUGCAGAGGGUUUGCCAAAAGCCAUUAGCAAUCAAAUCGCCACAUAAAAAGAAAAUGAAACGACAGCUAAGUCAUGGAGACCUAGAAGAGUGCGAGUUUGAUGAUUAUUCGUGGAAAGCCUCUCUAUCCGUUUAAGGACCAAUUGCGGGGAAUCUUAAUGUGAACACCGAUUUUGAUGUUUGAAAUGUUUGACUCAUAUAUUUUAUACUGCCUUGAUUGUAAGUAUUGUAUAAAAGAACUUCUCGGUAUCAGAAGAAUGGUUCAAGUUAAAAGUGACACCAGUUUGUACCAAAUUUGUGGUCCACUCAUCUGAUCAUAAACUGUAAGUUUUGUUUAUAUAAUACCCUCUUUAGACAACAUGUUUAAUACUUUUUGUAAGUUUUGUUUAUAUAAUACCCUCUUUAGACAACAUGUUUAAUACUUUUUGUAAGGACCAAGUUGUAACAUAGCAGAAGUCCUUUUAAAGUAAGGCAGGAAACGGGAUUCAAGAUUUGUGGCAAAUAUGUGGUCUACACUCCUGACCAUAAACUGUACAUUUUGUAUAUCAUAAC